AUGAAUAAAAAAGAGAAAUACAUUAACAAAAAACGAAAAUUAAAGUGGAAAAAAGAUAACCUUGUGGAAGACAGGGUUAUUAAAAAACUGGAAAAGAAAUUGAAAAUUAACAGGAAGACCAAAUGUGUACCCAAGUCUUUUGUGUCCGAUGGACUAGAUUAUCUUUUGGAUAUUUGCGAUGAAGAAAAUAGAAAGAUUGUUGCGGAUGGCGAAAGAAAAUUGUUGGAAACCAAUGAAUAUAAAAAUUGCGAUAACGAUUCUAAUACAAAUAAUGUAAUUAAAUCCAAAAGUAAAAGCAAAGAUCAUGACUGCGAACAAACAGAAAGUAUGUCGGAUAGUGAAAAUCUUACAGAAUUGUCAUCUGAUAAUGGCAACGAGAGCGAUAUUAAUUAUACCAGCGUUGAUGAUGAUAUAAAUAAUAAGCAAAAUUUGAGACAAAAUAAAUAUGAUGUUUGUACAAGUUAUCGAUCCAAUCAUGAAACUGCAAGCAGUAACGAUAAUUUUAACGAUAGUAUUGACACAAAGUUUGCAGUGAAAAGAAAGAAAUGUGAUAAAGAAAAAGAUUCGAUUAAUUUAAAAAAUAUUACUGUCAAAAAAAAGAAAACACCUAGCAAGAAUUCAUUUGAAAAGAAAACUGGUAAAGCUGAUAUCGAUUCAUCGAUUGAUAAGUCAAAUUCUGAUGUUUUAGAAACAAAUUUGAAUUCAAUGGAUGCAAAUGAAGAAAUCGAUGAUGAAGACAAAGAGGGAGUAUGGGAGGAUAUUUAUGGUAGAAAAAGAAACAAAGAUGGCUCCAUAAUAUCAGAGAAAAAGCAAAAAUAUAUUUUGCCUGCUUUGAGGUCUAACGAUUCUGAUAAUGCAGAAAAAAGUAAACAAUUAAUGCUUUUAAAAAGGCAAAUCAAAGGUCUUUUGAAUAGAUUAGCGGAGAGUAAUAUGCAUGUGAUUGUGUCCCAAUUGGAUGAGUUAUAUAUGAGUAAUAGUAGAAACACUAUGAAUGAAAUGCUUUCCAAUAUAAUGCUAGAAUCUAUCGUCGCUCCUAUAUUAACAGCAGAGCGACUUGUCAUCGAACAUAUGAUGUGCAUUGCAAUACUUCAUGCUAAUAUUGGUACUGAAAUUGGAGCUCAUUUUAUUAUGAGUUUCAUUCAAACAUUUAAUAAAAUGAUACAAGAACCACUAGAAGUAGAAAACAAAGAACUUGAUAAUGUAUGUUUAAUGAUGGCCCAUUUAUAUAAUUUUAAGGUAUUCGGAUCCCAACUCGUAUAUCAAAUUUUGGAAUACUUAGCAAAUAAAUUUACAGAAAAAGAAAUUGAAUUAAUUCUGUUAUUUUUAAGAACUACAGGAUUUAGAUUGAGAAAAGACGAUCCCGUGUCAUUGAAAGAAUUAAUUUUAAAUCUACAACAAAAAGCAGCUGGAGUAAAAGCAACCAAUUCAAGGGUGCAGUUUAUGUUAGAGAUCUUAUUAGCUAUUAAGAAUAAUAAUACGAAUAAAAUUCCACAAUAUGAUCAAAGUCACAUCGAUCAUUUAAAAAAACUUUUGAAAACCUUAAUUAGAAAAGGAAAUACUAUUUCGCAAUUAAAUCUUUCGCUUGAAGAUUUACUAAAUGUGGAUGAAAAAGGUAAAUGGUGGGUCGUUGGUUCAGCUUGGUCUGGUAAAUUAGUUCCUAAUGAAAAGGUAAUUAUUAAACCCAAUGACAAUAAGCCCGUGUACAGCCAAAAAAUCCUUAAUUUAGCACAAGCUCAACGAAUGAACACGGAUAUAAGGAAGAAUAUUUUCUGCAUUCUUAUGACAGCCGAAGAUUAUUUAGAUGCAUUUGAAAAAUUACACCAUUUAGGACUAAAAGAUCAGCAAGAAAGAGAGAUAAUAUACGUUAUUUUAAAUUGUUUGUUACAAGAACGCACUUUUAAUCCUUACUAUUCCGUUUUGAUACAGAAAUUUUGUGAAUACGAUAGGAAAUAUCAAAUGAUUAUGCAGUACACAUUGUGGGAUAAGUUAAAAAUGUUAAAUAGUUAUAACAAUAAGCAAGUGAUAUGUCUUGCAAGAUUGAUGUCUCAUCUAUUUUUGCACAAAGCUUUACCCAUAUCAGUUUUAAAAGUCAUUGAUUUCGGAGAAUUGGAUAAAUUAACAAUGAAGUUCUUCAAAAAAAUAAUGCUCGAUAUUUUACUUCAUCAAGACACUGAGAAGUGUGUUUGUGUUUUUGAAAGAAUUUCAGUUGCCACAAAAUUACACGAAUUUCGGGAUGGCUUAAGACUUUUUAUUAAUUAUUUCCUGCUUAAAAAUAUUAACGAAAACUUGUUACCUAAAGAGCAAUUUGAAUUAUUAGAAACAAGAAUUAAAAUGGUCGAUGAGUUAUUGAUAAACUCUGAAUCGAAAAUUGCUUUUUAAUUUAU